CCCACUCUGAUUCCCGUUUUUUUUUCCACGCUUGGCUUUGCCUUCUUCUUCUUCAUCUUUCUCUUUAAGUCCCGCCCACUCCGUUCGUGGCUCGCUCGCGUCGGCAAGUUCGCUUGGGGAUUCGCUAAGAAGGCUGUUGCCAAGGUGACAAGUCGGUGCGGAGCCCGGCCUCACUAGUAUCGAGGGAGCUGCCGACGGUUCGGAGGUGGGAUGAGGCAGCUAAGGAAAGGAGGCUCCGGAGGAGGAGGAGGAGGAGGCCCUCGACCCUCCCUGGGCGGCCAAGACUUCAGCAGAUCCAUGUAAGGAUGGCAGCUUUUCUCCAUUUGCUACUAUAUUAUUUCUGGAUAGAGUGGUUAUAAUAUUGAAAGAAGACUGAUGACUUAAGCAACUACUAUGACAGUUUACUAAUGGUAUAACAGCACCAUUCUGAAAAAAGAAACACUUAAGAUUUUUGAGCAUUUGGCUAUCUUACUUUUUACAAAAUGAAUCGUUAUACAACUCUGAAGCAACUUGGGGACGGAACCUAUGGCAGUGUUCUGAUGGGGAAGAGCAAUGAAUCAGGGGAGCUGGUGGCCAUCAAAAGAAUGAAAAGAAAGUUCUAUUCUUGGGAUGAAUGUAUGAAUCUGAGGGAAGUUAAGUCUCUGAAAAAACUUAAUCAUGCCAAUGUAAUAAAGCUGAAAGAAGUUAUUCGAGAAAAUGACCAUCUGUAUUUUGUGUUUGAAUAUAUGAAGGAAAAUCUGUAUCAGCUAAUGAAAGACAGAAAUAAACUGUUUCCAGAGUCUGUCAUCAGGAACAUUAUGUAUCAAAUAUUACAAGGGUUAGCUUUUAUCCAUAAACAUGGAUUUUUUCAUCGUGAUAUGAAACCUGAAAACCUUCUUUGUAUGGGUCCAGAACUUGUUAAAAUUGCUGAUUUUGGAUUGGCUAGAGAACUAAGAUCUCAGCCUCCGUACACAGAUUAUGUUUCUACCAGAUGGUAUCGCGCACCCGAAGUUUUAUUGAGAUCUUCUAUUUAUAGUUCCCCUAUUGACCUUUGGGCUGUUGGUAGCAUAAUGGCUGAACUAUAUACACUCAGACCACUUUUUCCAGGAACAAGUGAAGUUGAUGAAAUUUUCAAAAUUUGCCAGGUGUUAGGAACACCAAAGAAGAAUGAUUGGCCAGAAGGUUACCAGCUUGCUGCUGCCAUGAAUUUUCGAUUCCCUCAGUGUGUUUCAAUAAAUCUAAAGACUCUCAUUCCAAAUGCCAGCAGUGAGGCAUUGUUUCUCAUGAAUGAAAUGUUAAACUGGGAUCCAAAGAAACGACCUACAGCAAGUCAGGCAUUGAAGUUUCCUUACUUUCAAGUGGGCCAGAUUUUAGGACCACCUUCACAAUGCAUCAAUCAGAAACAGCCAUAUCCCAAGUUAACAGAACGAAAACCAUCUCUGCCCAAACUUGAACAUAUAUCAAAAUUAGAAGCUGUAUCUGUGCCAGAAUCUCAGUCUUCACUAGAUGUAACUGAUAAGCUACAGUGUCCAUCCAAGAAUAACCAACAUCCCCUCCAGUCAAUCCAGCUGCCUCAGAAUGCAGUGAGUCAGCAACCAUCAGUACAGCAACAGCCUCAGUCAUUCCUUCCAGCCAUCAGUAAAAACUCAAUAUCAAAACACAUAGCCAUAGGACCCUCAAAUGGUACAAUGGGUAUGAAAAACAAUCGACGCCGGUGGGGUCAAACUAUGUUAAAGGCAAUGGAUAGCUGGGAUGAUUUUGAUGAUACAGAAUUUGGAAUUUCUUAUUUUAAGAAGCCUAGCAUUGUGGUGUUAAAUGAAAAGAAAACAAAAGAAUCGCUUUUUAGCGUUCCUGAGUCUAAGUCUCCUACCUCUGGCAGGUCAGGAGAAAACAAAGUUCUGAAGAGAAACGACUCUGGAAUAUCAACUACUUCGGCAAAACAGUACUAUUUGAAACAAUCAAGAUAUGUUCCUGGUGUAAAUCCUAAGAAUGUUUCCUCAGGAGUGGUCACUAAAGAAAGAAUCCAUGGUACUUACAACAAUCCUUUGUUUUCAAAAUCAAUAGCACCAAUUGGAGGUCUCGCUUUCAAUCAAGUCAAUGCAGCUGUAGGAAAUGCUGGCUUUAUUGGUGCUGCUUACAAUGCUCCUGGAGGAUAUAUCCCUUCAUUUCACAAAAAAGAGGUUGGUUCAGCAGGUCAGAGGAUACAAUUGGCACCUCUUGGUCCAUCAGUUACAGAAUAUGCUUGGAAAACCAAAGCUUCUCGUGCCCAAUUGCCAGGGCCUACUUACAGCCCCGCCACAAAAGGCAUGAAUAUUUUAACUCACCCACCACCAGCGCAACCUGUACAUGGAAGAACUGACUGGGUAGCCAAGUACGGAGGGCAUCGGUAGAAGUCCUUUCCUGCCUCACAUAUGCAUACCAUGACUAUUUAUAUCCUUUAUUUCUUUGCCUCCGGGACACUUUAAAGCAUAUUUCUACUAAUAGAAUAACAAUUCUGGAAAUACAUGAGAGCCUGUAGUUUAUUAUCUCUUAAGGGGAAAAUAUAGAAAAUAAAUACAUUUAUUUAGAAAAUAUUCUUCAAAAAUAGUGCUUCUGAGGCAGGCUUUUUUGUUUUGCUUACAUUACGAAGUAUUCUCUAUAAAGUUACCUUGCCAAAACUAAAAAUUCGUAUAUUCUUACUGAAAUGAACAGAAAUUGGUUUGCAGUCCCUUUGAUCAUUUCUUCUGAAAAACUGUCAAAAAUACGAAGGCAUGUAAAAGAUAUUAGCCAUUGGACAAUCAUGGCUAAUUUAAAUAGGCAAUAAAUUAUAAAAAUAAAGAGUGACUUUCAAGAUAUGGUACUUCUAUAACACUGAGUUGAGCAAUAAAAGCAAAAAAUUAGUAAUAGAUGAAUUUUCCACUGUAUUGCCCAACUAUAAUCAAGAGAAACUAAAGCUGAAUUAAUUUGUCUUUGAUUUGGGUUGACUUAUACCUUAAUUGGUUGACUUAUACCUUUAUUUCUUUUGAUUGUAGAGAAUGAAGACAUAGUCACUGAGCCAACUAUUACUAGUAUUGUAAAAAAGUGGUGUACCCCUAAGGUUCAGUUCUAUUUUAGAUUUUGCAGGAAUAGGAUUACUCUUGUGUAUGAUUCUUGUGAAUGUACACAUGAAGAUGUUAAAACAUUUUCCUUUGAUCUGUGAACAACUUGUCUCGGGUUAUGACUAUGGAACUUCUAGGCGGGAAAGAAAGAUAAGUCAUCUGUGCUAUGCAUUGGUCCCGAUUCCAAGACCUUACAGGCUAUCCUGUAUUGCAUAGAUAUACUUAUAUGCAUAUAUCAACUGUUACUGUUGAUUCUGAAAAGAGGGAAACUUUUAUUUGCAGAAGUGUUUGGAAAAUAGAAACUUAAUGCAUCUGUGGGGCCAUUUGCUUGAGGUGAAAGUUUUCUAGGGCAUUAUAUGCAGAUUUGGCCUUGCAACAGGGAAAUGAGUGAAUGAUAUUCAGGAAGGAUCCUUCCCUGGAAAGAAUGCCAGAUAACAUUAUUUAACCAAAAAUAAGCAAUUAAAUAAUUAUUACUUGUGACUCUCUAAGAAGGCAUUCUGGUGGUAUUUCAGAAAUAAUUUCCAGGAGAUCUGAGUAAAUUUGUAGCUUUGCUUUUUCCCUUAAUUUUUUUAGUUGAAUUUGAUCACAGAAUUAGUCAACUUAACUAUAGUGCCUUCACUUGGUAACCAGAGUUGAAUAACUCCAGAAUUCUCUCUUAAUUCCUAAAGGAAUUGCUUAAAAUCUGGUAAUAACUGCCAGAAAUUAUUCUUCAAACUUAAUUCUGUAGUAUAGCAUUGAUAGCAUUAUUUGGCCUAAAGACAUAUUUUGAAUGUCAUAAGUACGAUGUCCCAAAAUGUAUGUGAUAUUUCAACUUCAUAUUUUUAGUGAUUUCUUUAAUAUAUAAGAACUCUUGCUUUAUCUAACAGAAGUCACUCUUAAAACUAUGCUUUUCCAAAUGCUAAAUACAUUUAAUUUGUUAUACUGAAAUUGACAAUCUAGCCUUGUUAAAAUAGCUCUUAUUAUAUAUUAUUAUUCAAUUGUAAAAUGUUAUUUGCAUACUGAAAAGUAUUUUGUAUGUAUUUUAUUUUUUUAAAUUGUACACUAUUGUUGUGGAGGACAUAUUUGAUUUGAAUUAAGACUUAAGGUAGAAUGCACGUAAAUAUGCUGUCUCAAUUUCAGUAGGAUUUACUGUUAAGUGUAUUUACAUAAUGAAACCUUGAAUUAAUAAUAUAAAGGCCAAUUACUGAAUAAUUUUUAAAGUUGCUGUUAUGUGUGCAAUAUUUUAUCCCAAUACAGAAUAGCAGUAAUAUUAAAUUGACUUAUUUCAGUCUUUCAAAACUUACAUAAUUCACUGUGUUAGAAAUGCUGUCUUAAAGAAAUCUACCUUAAAAAACCAGCACAAAGUUGCCUUUGCAAUUAGGCUGGUUUUCAACUGAAAAUCUUUUUUUAAAAAAAAAUAAAGUGAACUUCUCAGGAACACAACAUAUUAUAGAAGUCUUCCAUCAGAAAAAGUGAUGUAUUUAUAGCUUAAUAUUUAUUUGUUUGUACAUCCUGAUUUUCUGGUAUUUUGAAGAUGAUUGGUAGGCUAAAUAAAUAAAUAAAAACCCCAACAAUUUAUUCAUAUAAAAUAUGUUUAUACAAAUAAUCUCCAGCCAGCUCAAAAGGCUGAUUGAAGAGGAAAAUCUUGAUUCUUUUCUCAUAAGCUGGGAUAAAAAUAGUCAAGUGUAAAAUCUGCAAUAAUGUUUCAAAGCCUGGAACUGGUGGAAUAGCCUGUCCUAGGUGCCUGAUUAAUGGAUUUUAGUUAGACAUUUUGUGAGGCCUUGUUUGCUGAUCUUUAAGGCCCAGAGAGAGGUAAUCUCUUAGAUCAUCAAGCCUAAACCGUAUUAGGUUUAAGAAAUUAAAAACGCCCUUUGAAUGGCACCUGGAAAAUAAUUAAGCUGUGCAUAUGUUUCAGUACACCCAAGAGUAAUCCUGGUAUCAUUACGUGAACAGCAGCUUAAUUUUCUGCCUUCUGCACUUCAUAAUUUUUUUAAAUUUUCUGCCUUUUUAUAUACUCUUGAAAAAUAGAGCUAACUAGGGUGUAUUAUAGACAUGUUAAUUAAUCCCGAUGUUUUAUACUCCUUUGCAUAUAUUGACAUAAAAUAGUUUAAAUUGGUGAUGUAAAAGGGAAGAAAUUACUACAGGAUAGUUGUUUUGGCAAAGAACUCUGUUGUUACUCUUUUUUUUUUUUUUUGGCAUAAUUUUAUUAAAACAUGAGUGUUUUCUCCAAAUAUGCUCAACAUUCGCUUUUGCUGAACUGAGGCUUUUUUCCUUGAAUAAGAGAUGGAAUUCUGUACUGAGAAAGAAGGCCUUGCUUGUGCUUAAAUUAAUCCGUGCUCUUGCUCUUAUCCAAUAAAGUAUUAUCAGUAUAUCAAAAUACAGUACAGGUAGUCCUCAACUUAAGAUCGGUCACUUAGCACCCAUUCAAAGUUACAACAGACCCCCACAAAAACUACUUCUAACCUGGUUCCGAAGGCCGUCCUUCCCGCAAUCCCAUGACUGCAAUUUGGGUGUUUGGCAACCAACCCCACAUUUAUGGUUUUAUAUGUAGCUUUACCACAGUUACAUGACUACAAUUUUGUCAAAAAUUGAUUUUUUACUUCCAUUUUUUGAAAAUGCACCACGGUUAACAAUGGAUUUGCUUAAUGAUUGCUGCAAGAAAGAAAAAAAAGGUAAAAUCGGGUUGAUCACACAAUGACCCACUUUAUCAUGACAAUUUACAACUAAAUUAGCAGGCUCCAUUAUGGUUGUAAGUUAAGGACUACCUGUAAUACUGAAUUCUGUUUUUAAAAUGCUUUUAAACACUUCAGAGGACAUCAUCAUGUUGUCUGACAUACAGCAAUGAAUCCUGUAUUACCUGAGUGUUUACUGUUGAAAAUCUAAAAAAGGUUUGUACAAAAGUUUUUUUUUUUUCUGGGUACCUGAGAAAAGCAGAAGUCUGCAUUUUCAACACAAUUACUCUCUAAAUAUUGGGAAACGGAGUUUUCUUUACAAUAGAAGUGACCUGUUGAUAGUUGCUUAUAUUUUAUAUACAUUAUUAAAAUGAUCAAAUCA